UUUCAGUUUCCGUGGCUCCUCUUUAACUUGCGUGAUUGUUUUUGCAAGGUUUUUGUUGCAGCCAUGGCCUCUAUUUGUCACUCAAAAUCUCAUCAUUGUUUCUAUUCGAUUUGGCUUUGCUCUGUUGCUCUCUCUUUGCUCCCUCCCUUGGCUUCCUCCUACCUGUAUUCUGAUGAUAAAAGGGAUGGCUUGUUUCCAGAAAUAUUAAGAGACGAGGCUGUGGCUAGGCUGAAUGAACUUGGAAAGGUGAGUGAUGCUGAUGGGUAUCUUGAGAGGACAUUCAUGAGCCCGGCUGCAGUGAGGGCUGGGAAGCUUCUUGGCGAAUGGAUGGAAGAUGCUGGUUUGAGAACGUGGGUGGACCAAAUGGGCAAUGUUCAUGGUCGGACUGAGGGGAUGAAUAUGACUUCUGAUGCUCUGCUGAUUGGUUCUCAUUUGGAUACUGUUGUUGAUGCUGGAAUGUUUGAUGGGUCAUUAGGCAUAAUCUCGGCCAUAUCUGCAUUGAAGGUUUUGAAUAGCACUGGGAUGUUGGGGAAACUUAAGCGUCCUGUUGAGGUGAUUGCUUUUAGUGAUGAGGAAGGUGUGCGGUUUCAGUCUACUUUCUUAGGGAGUGGUGCUGUAGCUGGCAUUUUACCAGUGACAACAUUGCAGACAUCUGAUAAGAGUGGUGUAACAGUGCAAGAUGCUCUGAAGAAGCACUCCAUAGACAUUGCAGAAGAAAGUUUGUCACUUCUCAAGUAUGAUCCAUCAUCAGUCUGGGGUUACAUUGAGGUUCAUAUUGAACAAGGGCCUGUACUGGAAUAUGUCGGUUUCCCUCUCGGAGUAGUUAAAGGCAUAGCCGGACAGACAAGAUUGAAGGUUACUGUAAGAGGUUCACAAGGGCAUGCUGGAACAGUUCCAAUGUCGAUGCGGCAGGAUCCAAUGGCUGCUGCAGCAGAGUUAAUUGUAGUGCUCGAAAGCCUUUGCAAGCAUCCUAAAGAUUAUCUGUUUUAUGAUGGUGAUUCUGAUGCUACCACCUUGGAAUCAUUAUCUAGUUCUCUUGUUUGUACUGUUGGAGAGAUAUCAACAUGGCCUGGUGCAAGCAAUGUCAUUCCAGGACAGGUUACAUUCACAGUGGAUAUACGAGCGAUUGAUGACAAGGGACGAGGGGAUGUCCUUCAUGAAUUAUCUAAUCGAAUGUAUCAAAUAUGUGAAAGGCGUUCGGUUUCUUGCAUCAUUGAACGGAAGCACAAUGCAAAUGCAGUGAUUUGCAAUUCCGAAUUAAGUUCACAGCUGAAGUCUGCAGCCCAUGCUGCAUUAAAGAAAAUGACAGGUAAGGCUCAACAUGAAGUUCCUGUUCUAAUGAGCGGUGCAGGGCAUGAUGCAAUGGCCAUGGCUGAUUUAACCAAGGUCGGAAUGUUAUUUGUUCGUUGUCGUGGAGGAAUAAGUCACUCCCCUGCUGAACAUGUAUUAGAUGAUGAUGUCUGGGCUGCUGGUAUGGCUGUUCUAGCAUUUCUUGAAACUCAUAUAGGCUGAGAUGAGAGGACCUACUUUGGAACAGUUGGCUGGGCCAAUAGUUGCCGCUGAUGAACAACGUGGGACAUUCUUGGGUGCAUAGAAGGGGCAUGUUGUGUACAAGUGUAUACGAGGUCCACCACCUUCUGAACGACCGUGGCUUCUGGAAUGUUGGAAGAAGAAGAAGAAGAUAUGCAAGGAUCCAAGACGUCCAGGUAGUGAUGUGAGAGCACCAAAGGUGUGGCCCAUUCGAAUGUACUCUGCCAGCCCAUUGAAUCAACUGCCUGGGCAGGCCUGUACCUGCUCAGGAUAUCCAGAAGUAGAACUCCAAAGCUGUAAACAUCACUUUUUGUUGUAAGCUCAUUCCUAUAAACAAAUUCUGGAGCAAGGUACCCAUAUGUGCCACCUGCCAUUACAGUCC